UUCCCGGAUAGACAAAACACUCCAAAACAUCCGGAAUGCCAGCGAGGAUCAAAACACUGGCGAAAUAAGCGCCGAUUACAUCCUGGUUUGUGUUGUAGCUCAGCUGCUUUUGUACUAAAUCCCACUUAGAGCUGUUUGAGCGAUGGCAGACGGUGUGAAUGUUGUUGAAGGGGAUGUAGAUGAUGAUGAACCGUCCACCAGGAGCUGUCCUGUGAUCACUGUCUCUGACCUGCCCAGCAGCACCACAGCAGGCCGUAAUCUGAAAGAAUGGCUUCAGGAGCAGUUCUGCGACAAACCUCUAGAGCAGUGUGAGGACAUGCGUCUGCAUAACGCCGCCUAUGUGGGAGACUUGGACACCAUCAAGAGCUUGUUGCAGGAAGACGGCUUUAAACAACGGAUCAAUGAGAAAUCUGUGUGGUGCUGUGGCUGGCUGCCUUGUACGCCUCUGCGUAUAGCUGCUACUGCUGGCCAUGGCGACUGCGUGGACUUUCUCAUCAGCCAUGGGGCCGAGGUGGACCUGGUGGAUGUCAAGGGUCAGACAGCUCUGUAUGUGGCCGUGGUUAACGGACACCUGGACUGCGUUCGCAUCUUGCUGGAGGCCGGGGCAGACCCAAACGGCAGCAGACACCACCGCAGCACACCUUUAUACCAUGCAGCCCGGGUGGGCAGGGUGGACAUUCUACAAGAACUGAUCAGGUUCAAAGCUGAUGUAGAUGUGGAUCACCAGCUGGGACCGAGGCCUCUGUUUAGUGCUCGCACCCUUUCCACAUUGGUGGUGUGUCCUCUAUACAUCAGCGCUGCCUACCAUCAUUUACACUGCUUCAGGCUGCUCCUUGAGGCUGGAGCCAACCCCGACUACAACUACACCGGCCCCGUUAGCCGUGAAGCACUGAACAGAGGUCUGGCCUCCUGCCUGCUGGACGCCGUGCUUAGACAUGGAUGUGAGCCGAAUUUUGUCAGACUGCUGUUGGACCACGGUGCUGAUCCACUACUCGUGCCAUGGGAGGAACCUGAUCCUGAUGCUAUGGGAAGAGUGCGUGUCAACCCUGAGGCCUUAAACAUCUAUCAGGAGGCCAGGAAAUGUCCGCACAGGUUGACUCAUUUGUGUCGUAUAGCCAUUCGGAAGGUGAUGGGCAAACACCGCUUGAGGCACAUCUCUAGCCUUCCUUUGCCUGAUUCCAUCAAGAAUUUUCUGCUUCAUAGAGACUUCUGUUCCCUUUCCUGAAGGAGGUGUGAUUUCAACCGAAGGCUGUAUUCUGUUUGUACCUCUACUUGAAGAUUUUGUGGCCUGGAGAUAAUGCUGACGGAUCUACAGUCAUUUUGAGAUCCAGAUCAUUUUUAACGUGUGCUAUGGCUUUGAUGUUACAGUUGAAUUGCGUUCAUGAUGGUAGGAGGACAUUCCCUAAAGAAAGCAAACGUUUCCGGUUUCAUAGCACAUCCUUCUAUAUGUUGCAUGUUGGUAAAAAUCACUUUGUUUACACAAUAAUACUUCCAGUAGCAUAUUCUGUAAAAGUAAUAUAUUUACUGAAUACACAACAUAAUCAUAUUAUCUCUUGAAUAUCAUUUGGACUAUUGUCUGUAAGAGCAGUGGUAAUUUAUAUUUAAGAACAAAUUUUAUAUUUCUUUUUUUUGUUUAUGGUCACUGUGGUGUAAAAGUCAAAAAGCAUAAUUUAUGAUUCUUUCUGAAAUGUAUUUAUAUCAUGCUUAAACAUAUUGUUAAAUUUAAAGCCUUAAAUUAAAUUCAGAUGACUAUAAUAAACUAGAAUAUCCCCA